AUGGUGUUUAGUGUUGUACUAUUAUUCACGCUGUUUUCUUGUGCAUUAUCUGGGAAGGUGAACUGUAUAAACGACUUCAUUGCAGUGGAUAUGGACUCGGAAGAUGUUGAGAUUGUUGAAAGAAAGGAAUGUUACGACAACACAAUAGUCAAAGACUAUGAUAAAAAGAUACUCGGUGAAAAUUUGGGCAUUAAGUGUUAUAUCCACAAGGAUUUUCUAUUGGUCAACUUGACUCCAAAUAAUUUGUCAAGGUGUGGAGAGUAUAUUCAAUUGACUGGACCAACACAACGUUCCCAGUUGUGUAUGAUAGCCGGAUACGUAGUUGUGAAGUCUAAAGACAUUUCUGACGAAUUGUCCAAAGUUGUAAUUGGAGUGGACAAAAAGGUGAUAUCCACGUUAGUUAGUGGAAUUAAUCAAAUCACUUUAUCGAUGACACAAGUCACAAUGAACGAACUGGUGUUCGAUUUGGGAGUCAACCCUUCUUUAAUAGUUUUGGACCGAACUUCCUCAAAUGUCAAAAUCCAAUUUAUCAACCACAAUAGAACCCCUUCUAUUGCUGUCAUAAAAAAUAACGGAGUGACCACUUCCUAUCCAAAGCAAGAAGAUGACACAUUCGUAAUUCCUCAAUACAAAGAACGUGUAUCACUUGGUUUGGUCUCUUUUGAUGGGGAAAUAAUAUUCUUUGAUGACUUCAACACUCAAAGUGACGUCGAGAAAGUAUCAAAUAGUCGCUUCUCGUCUGCUGAGAUCCAAAAGUGCCGGUUCUUUGCUGACCCACUUGUCUGGUCUGAAAACAAAGAAGGAUUAAAAGCAUCCUUUUUUACGUGGAGAGUUCUCCAAAUAAAUAGAGACAACUCUACAACUAUUUACACUCACUUAGACAAGACAAUUGAAUUUGAGUCAAAGGAUGGACUCCUCUCUGUCAUUUUUAAUUACCCAACUGAAAUGUUGUUUGCUCAAGACUUUAAAGAAGCGAGAAUUACAGUGGAAAUUGAAGAUGUUGAAGACUGGAAAUUCAUUCAAAGUGAUCUCUUCAUGAAUGUUAAUAGCAAGGACUUUAAUCCGUCUUUAAAUUACCCCGUGCAAAACAGAAUUAAUACAGAGUAUAACAUUGGGACCGACGGAAAAACAGUAGACAUCAAAAUUGGAUUUGACAAAAGAAAUCGGCUCUUUGCAAAUGUACUUGUAUUCACACAGAUGAUGUCUGUUGGGAAGAAAAUGAAACUCAAAAGUGUGUUCUUCGAAAGGUCGACACAAUACGAUCUUCAGAACGAUUGUGGGUUGAAGAGAUUUGACUGUAAUAAUGUGGAGUGCACUAUUGACUUGAACAACACCAUUGAAGACGGUCCUGUUCCUUUUGAUGAUGGGUGUAUCCCUUUUUGUGGAACGUGUCGAACUGGAAUGAUAUGCUCUACGACUGGAAAGUGCAAGCCUCAAGUGAAUAACAACAACAGAGACAAAGCAGAAGGACUUAAAAUCCUUCUCUUCCUUCUUCCAUUCUUAUUAUAUCUUUAG